AUGCCUGAAAACGAAGAGUUGAGGAGGUCCUACUCCAGAGACCUGGAGCGAGGACCGGAUGUCAUGGACCCCCAUCGAUUUUCCAACGUCUCUUAUGGGGACGGCAUAGGAUCUGCAAUCUCCUCAUCCAACUCGUCCAUCAUGGGCGAAGAGAUUCAACCAGAUCUGGGAGAGGCCUGGGGGCCGCAGCACCCGUGCUUCCCUCACUUGAAUCCCCACGUACCGACAGACUCUGCCGAGUAUGCCAAGACACGGAUUAUCCGAAUCCGCCGCGACUGGCUUCUCCAAGGUGACCUGGCUCCUACCUUUUCAAAUCUUUAUCCUGAAAUCCUGGAUCCUGCGGGGAUUCCUGAGCCUGAAUUCCGGCAGAUUAUUGAUAAGCUCAACAAAGAGCUGAUACCUGCCUUUGAUCCCUACAAUAUUCGAAACAUGUUUGAUGCAUUUGUUGGGCUCGCAACUGGCUGGCUGUGGGAUGACUUUGGCAUGACCGGCAUCAAGUCUCGACUGAACAGCCUAGAGACUUGGAUCGAACAGUGGAAUCGAGAAAAAGAAAAGACAAUAUCAUCCGAGGACGGAGUUCUCCCACCAAAGCUGAUUUCGCUCCGCCGCACGGGGUACAUGACUCUGGACAUACAGAUUCCAGACCCAGAGAUUGCGCCGGCACCAAGUAGUACCGGUGCUGGCGAGUCCAUGACAGCUCUACCACUGGAAGAACCAGCACCACCAGCACCCGUUCUUGUCGCAUAACCCGGCCUCUCUCGAGCCAAUGCGAUAACAGCAUAUCGCUUUCCUUGCUUCCUUUUCUUUUCCUUUCUUUUUCUCUUCAAAAAAAGUGCCUGCUUUGAAUAUUCUUUUACUCUACCAUUCAUUCUUCUACUUAAUAUUCUUACAACCGCUAGAGCCGUCACGAAAGAGCAGGGCCUCUUAUUACGAUUUUAUCUCCCGAACCUUGUUUGGGAGAAUGUUUAUGUUGAUACCACAGGCAUCGCACGGCGUUGGGGUUAGCCUUGCUUGUCGCUGCUCCUUGAGGGGUUAGCCACAAACAGCUUUUGGAUGAUUAGAUGUUUUAUCACUGCUUGGGAGGAGGAAAAAGGAUGAAUCGGUGUAUAUUUUGUCUGUACGGAGGGUUUCGACAUUGAGGAAAUAGUGGCAGUAUAUAUCAAUGCUUCGAGUUUUAUCUAUUCCGGGUAUUUCAGAAAUAGACUCCGUCUCCUUA